UGCCCGGCCUAAGCCGUGCUAAAUUCGUUGCCCGUGGCCGCUGCGGGUGCAACCACAGAGGCUAAUCCGAAGGAGUGGGGAGGCUCGUGGAGUCGAUGCUUCCUCUUCCAAUUCAGGUCGGCUCCCGCUACCUCGUCACCAUUCGCCGCUGCCGUCUCCCCGAGCGUUUGCAUGAGCUCUUUCGCGUGGGGGAGCUCCGGUGACCAUGUAGGGGGGACGAGUGAGGAAGCUCCAGGUGCCCGGGACGAGGUCAGCGCUGUCGGCACGCCCCCGCGGUGCCGAGCACACCCCCGGUGCGGGCCGGCGGGCGGGUCGGCCCCGGUGGGAACCCCGGCCUCCGCCUGGGGCCUGGCCCGGAGCGCCACGAAAUCUCGCGCCGUCUCGCGAGACGCUAAGUUGAAGGAACAUGGCGACGUCUAAUCUGUUAAAGAAUAAAGGUUCACUUCAGUUUGAAGACAAAUGGGAUUUCAUGCGUCCAAUUGUUUUGAAGCUUUUACGCCAGGAAUCUGUUACAAAACAGCAGUGGUUUGAUCUGUUUUCGGAUGUGCAUGCAGUCUGUCUCUGGGAUGAUAAAGGUCCAGCAAAAAUUCAUCAGGCUUUAAAAGAAGAUAUUCUUGAGUUUAUCAAGCAAGCACAGGCACGAGUACUGAGCCAUCAAGAUGAUACAGCUUUGCUAAAAGCAUACAUUGUUGAAUGGCGAAAAUUCUUUACACAGUGUGAUAUUUUACCGAAGCCUUUUUGUCAACUGGAGAUUACUUUAAUGGGUAAACAGGGCAGCAAUAAAAAAUCAACCGUAGAAGACAGUAUUGUUCGAAAACUCAUGCUUGAUACAUGGAAUGAGUCAAUCUUUUCAAAUAUAAAAAACAGACUCCAGGAUAGUGCAAUGAAGCUGGUACAUGCUGAAAGAUUAGGAGAAGCUUUUGAUUCUCAGCUGGUCAUUGGAGUUAGAGAAUCCUAUGUUAACCUUUGUUCUAAUCCUGAGGAUAAGCUUCAAAUUUAUAGGGAUAAUUUUGAGAAGGCAUACUUGGACUCCACAGAGAGAUUUUAUAGAACACAGGCACCCUCGUAUUUACAACAAAAUGGUGUACAGAAUUAUAUGAAAUAUGCAGACGCUAAAUUGAAAGAAGAAGAAAAACGAGCACUACGUUACUUAGAAACAAGGCGGGAAUGCAACUCUGUUGAAGCACUCAUGGAAUGCUGUGUAAAUGCCCUGGUGACAUCUUUUAAAGAGACGAUCUUAGCCGAGUGCCAAGGCAUGAUCAAGCGAAAUGAAACUGAAAAACUACAUUUAAUGUUUUCAUUGAUGGACAAGGUUCCCAAUGGGAUAGAGCCAAUGCUGAAAGACUUGGAGGAACAUAUCAUUAGUGCUGGCCUGGCAGAUAUGGUAGCAGCUGCUGAAACUAUUACUACUGACUCUGAGAAAUACGUUGAGCAGUUACUUACAUUAUUUAACAGAUUUAGUAAACUCGUCAAAGAAGCUUUUCAGGAUGAUCCACGAUUUCUUACUGCAAGAGAUAAGGCAUAUAAAGCAGUUGUUAAUGAUGCUACCAUAUUUAAACUUGAAUUACCUUUGAAGCAGAAAGGGGUGGGAUUAAAAACUCAGCCUGAAUCAAAAUGCCCUGAGCUGCUUGCCAAUUACUGUGACAUGUUGUUAAGAAAAACACCGUUAAGCAAAAAACUAACCUCUGAAGAGAUUGAAGCAAAGCUUAAAGAAGUGCUGUUGGUACUUAAAUACGUACAAAAUAAAGACGUUUUUAUGAGAUAUCACAAAGCUCAUUUGACGCGACGUCUUAUAUUAGACAUCUCUGCUGAUAGUGAAAUUGAAGAGAAUAUGGUAGAGUGGCUAAGAGAAGUUGGUAUGCCCGCAGAUUAUGUAAAUAAGCUUGCUAGAAUGUUUCAGGACAUAAAAGUGUCUGAAGAUUUGAACCAAGCUUUUAAGGAAAUGCACAAAAAUAACAAAUUGGCUUUACCAGCUGAUUCGGUUAAUAUAAAAAUUCUGAAUGCUGGUGCAUGGUCAAGAAGCUCUGAGAAAGUCUUUGUCUCCCUUCCUACUGAACUGGAGGAUUUGAUACCUGAAGUAGAAGAAUUCUACAAAAAAAAUCAUAGUGGUAGAAAAUUACAUUGGCAUCAUCUCAUGUCAAAUGGAAUUAUAACAUUUAAGAAUGAAGUAGGGCAAUAUGAUUUGGAGGUAACAACAUUUCAGCUGGCUGUGUUGUUUGCAUGGAACCAAAGACCCAGAGAGAAAAUCAGCUUUGAAAAUCUAAAACUUGCAACUGAACUGCCUGACGCUGAGCUUAGAAGGACUUUAUGGUCUUUAGUAGCUUUCCCAAAGCUCAAGCGGCAAGUUUUAUUGUAUGAACCUCAAGUCAACUCACCCAAAGACUUUACAGAAGGCACCCUCUUCUCGGUGAACCAGGAGUUCAGUUUAAUAAAAAAUGCAAAAGUUCAGAAAAGAGGUAAAAUCAACUUGAUUGGACGCUUGCAGCUCACUACAGAAAGGAUGCGAGAAGAGGAGAAUGAAGGGAUAGUUCAGCUACGAAUACUAAGAACCCAGGAAGCUAUCAUACAAAUAAUGAAGAUGAGAAAGAAAAUUAGCAAUGCUCAGCUGCAGACUGAACUAGUAGAAAUUUUGAAAAACAUGUUUUUGCCACAAAAGAAAAUGAUAAAAGAGCAAAUAGAAUGGCUAAUAGAGCACAAAUACAUCAGAAGAGAUGAAUCCGAUAUCAACACUUUCAUAUAUAUGGCAUAAUUUUGAAUAUCAUGGACAACAUUAGAACCCAAAUUGCAGAGUGCUUGGGCAGAAAGUUGUAACAGUUUGUGCUGGAGGAAGGUUUAUUUGGACUUUGAUUACAUAACUAUUAAAAUCUCUGCCUUACCUGACAAAACAACUAUAUUUUGCCAGUCACGUUAGUUAGCAUGAUGGCAUCCCUUCAUGUUGCACACUCGGUAACAGCAUGCUGUUUUGUGGAGAAGCUUGCAUUCAUGAAGAGCCCAUUAUGAACUUUUCACAGUAAAUUUGAUUUAUACCCAUCGGAAGAAAUAGUUGGGAAGGGUGAGGGCGGGGUUCUUAAUUGCUUUUUUCCUCUUUUUUUUUCCUCUCUGACAAAAAUGUACUUGCACAAGGAAGGAUCUUCAGAUAUUCGUGCACUGAAUAAUGCUGUUAUGUUUUGUUUUUUUUAAUGCAAUUAAAACUAGAAAUAGCACUCUUGGUUUCUUUCGAUCAAAAGAGGGAGCUGGUGUACACGACACUGCGGGGUGGGGGGGGACAGAUGUAGGUGAGGAGAUAAGUAUUUAAUAGCAUCACAUUAUUUGUUCACGCCCUGCUUCAGUAUAAUAACUGGAUUUAAUGGUGACCUGAAAAUGAUACGAGAUUUUUCCAACUUACAAAUGUUGGCUUUCUUUUUAAGCAGGAGACUGCUAGUUUAGUUGUUUGUUGUUAAAUAAGGAGUUUUAAAAUCUGCUAUGGCUGGAGAGCUUGUUUUGAAAAAGUAAAGCUUAUAUUACUUUGUUGUUUCAACCGUUUAAGAAAAUGUAUGGAGACAGAUCAUUUAAAUUGCAGAGAAAAAAAAAUCGCAAAACAAACAUAUUAAGUGUGUUCAGUAACACACUUAAUAUUUAUCUAAUAUUUAUUAUGCCUAAUUGAUUAUAUCCAAAUUUACUAAAAACAAGGCAGAAAUCUCCUCCUGUCCUAUUAGUACGGUUACAUAACUGAUCACUUGAUCUGCAGCAUAGAAAUGUUUUGGAAUUUUAAACUCUGAUGAUAAGGGAUUUAUAGCCUCAGGUUUCUGGAAAGGAAGACGUUCUGUUUUAAAGAGUAGUGAGUGUCCGUUACCUAGGAGGAAUAGCAAAACCACAGCCUAAAGCCUGAAAAGCAUAAGCAGAUUGUUGCGGUCUUAAUAUGAGCAGUAAACUUGCCAAAUAUAUGUACAUAUAUAUUUAUAUAUUUUAAAAAUAAAUGUUUUUAAAAUGUUCCGAAAGCAACACUUACCUUGUUCCUUUCAGUCAAUCCAAAGUAGCAACUGACUGGUUUGCUGGGAACUGAAUAUCCAGAGUAAUGCGGAGCUCGGGAUGUGAGGACGCAGGCAACCGAGAUGGGACAGACGAUUCCCUGUUGGGAAAGAGUGGCUCCCACAUGGAUUUUUAUUCGUUAUGCUGCACGUUCCAGGUUUUCUCGCAAAUUCGUUUGUAUCUUGUUUGAUAUUAAGUAUUAUUUUAAACCUAUGACUUUGGAAGUAGUAGGAAGCAGAGAGCUGAGCUCCGAGAGGUAGACCGCGGACAGUACUACGCAGAAUGCUCUCAGGAGCGUCACAGUGAGUCUGUCCCCCACCCCCCCACCAGAAAGCAUCGUGAGCUGUCUGCUGCCGGGAUGGAGAGCAAAUUUACAACAUCUAAGGUGUCGCUGGUGAUGUUCACAUGCCUGUUCCGAAACUCCUAGAAAAUUAGGAUUUUGUUUCUAAUUUAAAAUCUUAUGCCCAGCUCUAGGGCAGCACAUGUCAGGUAUUACACGAAGUGUGUUGGGGAGAAUAAACUGAAUGAGAGGACGGUGAACAAUGGGUACAUUUGAAAUUUAGAAAAUAAUUUUGUAAUAAUUGUGGCCCUUACAUUUAAUAUAACACUCUGAGGAGCAUAUGUGCUUAUCCAGUAGGAGAACGCCCACGGGGGAGAACAGUUGAAGGGGAAAUUACAGGCCAUUUUUUAAAGUUUAAGAUUUGUUGCUUCAAACCAUAAUUGUUCUUAGAACAUUUUUGGAAUUUCUCAUCUUUUGGUCAUUUGAGAGUCAUGAUGUUUUGAUUUAUAAUGGAAAAUUUAGUG